GUGAUUGUGGCUUGUCGCUGGACGGAGUGGCUCCAGAAAUGUACGGAGACCCAAUACCGCAGCCACCUCAUAGCGCUGGCCAGACUCUACAAGGUCUGAGAACACACAUAGAUCCAAGUCAGGUACCGUCUCCUGUGGAUGCCAUCGAAGCCGACCGCGACAAGUGGGAGAACCAAACAUAUACCACUUUACCCGGAAACCAUGCACCGUUAUCAACCUCGGAUUAUAUCGCAUUGGACCAGGGCAAUUCAUCACCCAAGUUCGUCCGUAUGACAACAUGGAACAUACCCUCCACAUCCCGCCUCGCGAACGAACUCGAAAUCCCUCUCGCUGCCAUCAUCCAACCAUUCGCCGACGUCGAUCCUCGAGAGGAACCUGUGCCAUUAGUAGAAUGUGGACCGAGUGGGCCUCAGAGGUGUGCUCUGUGUCAGGGUUACAUCAAUCCGUGGUGUACAUGGACGGCGGGCGGAAGUAGAUGGAAGUGUAAUCUAUGUGGGCACGAGACCGAAGUCAGCGCGGAGUACUUCUGCAAUCUGGACUCCAACUUCCUGCGACUUGAUCACGCUCAGCGGCCUGAGCUGAACAAAGGCACCAUUGACUUUGCCGUCUCAGAUACAGAGGCCUAUUGGGCACCCAACCCGCCUGAACGAAUAAAUCCUUCAUAUGUCUCCAUCGAGCCACCACCAGUGACUCCUGCGUCUACACUCGGUCGUGAACCAAAGCCGAUGGACUACUUGUUUGCAUUCGACGUGUCUGUCGACGCUGUGAGCUCGGGUUUCCUGCGGACGGCAUGCGAAUCGCUGAAAGAGAUACUCUAUGGGGAGGACUCCUGUUUCCCCUCUGAGUGUCAUGUGGGAAUCUUGACGUUCCACAGCGAGCUGCAUUUCUACGACCUCUCUCCCAGUCUCGACCAGGCCAAUAUGCUCGUGGUCGCCGAUAUUGAUGAGGUUUUCCUUCCAACACGACAAGGCAUCCUUGUCAACCCACAUCGGUCUCGGACAGUAAUUGAAAACUUGCUCGAGAGUAUUUCACCACGGUACGAGGCCCUCACGUCCACGCAAUCAUGUCUGGGUUCCGCCGUCCGCGCCACACUCGCCACACUGGCAGGACGGGGAGGACAGGUCGUAUUCUUCCAGGCAACAUUACCCACACUUGGUCCCGGUGCGCUUCAGCCAAGAACAAGCGAGGCCGAAAUGUACGGAACGGACAAGGAGAAAACGCUAUUUGUCCCACGAGACCAUUCAUGGCAGAACGUGGCUGAAGAACUGGCCGAAGAGGGUAUUGGCGUGAGCAUGUUCCUAGGAAUGAACAAGUUCGUUGACGUGGGAUCUAUCGGUGUGGUAUCGAGCAUCACAGGCGGGGAGCUGUUUUUCCAUCCACGGUUUGAUCUCGUACACGACCGCCAUGUUCUACAUUCGCAGCUCAGGAGACUCAUUUCGCGGACAACGGCGUACAACUGCGCCCUUCGAGUCCGCUGCUCCCAUGGGCUUCGAAUAUCCUCCUACCAGGGCAAUUUCCACCUCCCCACUCCAGAUUCCCUAGAGUUCGGGACCAUGGACGCCGACAAAUCCAUCUCGGUCACACUAGAGCAUUCGGGAAAACUGAACGAAGGAGGGUAUGCGUUCCUGCAAUGUGCAGUCCUAUACACAGCUGCACGAGGACGUCCUUCUCCCUCCCCCCUCGUCAACGGGGAAGUCGAUGGCAGUGCAGAGGAGGUACUACCCGAGAUGAGAGGGGAGAGACGAGUGCGGGUGUUGAAUCUGGCUGUUCAGGUGGCUGGACUGGCGGGAUCGGUGUUUAGGUUUGCGGAUAUGGACGCGGUGGUGGUUGCUCUUCUUCGGAGAUCAAUAGCGAGAAUGAAGGAGACGAAGCUUUCGACGAUUCGUGAGGAUCUGACUGAGGCUACGUCAGCAAUUCUGUAUGCCUAUCGACGAAAUUGCGCGGCUUCGACGGGGGCUACUCAGUUGAUCAUCCCAGAAGCGUUCCGCGCACUCCCGAUGUACGCGCUCGGAAUUCAUAAGAGCAAACCGUUCAAAGCUCGCUCCGUUACGUCCGAUGUCCGCAACUUCCACUCGCAUAAGCUUCUGGCUCUGGGCGUCAGGGCCACGAUGUUCACGCUCUACCCACGUAUGCUAGCUCUACACGAUUUAGAUGAAGCCAUCGCCCUUCCGCAGCCUGUACCUGCGCCUGCGGUCAAAGGGACUGCGACUGCGACGGAUGGAGAUGGAGGAGAGGGAGAGGUCGUGAUGAGGAUCGAUAUGCCGGGGAUGAUGCGGUGUAGUUAUCGGUUCAUGCAGGCUGGUGGGGUGUAUCUCAUCGAUAAUGAGGAUGUGAUGAUAUUCUGGAUAGGACUCAGUGCUUCCCCAGCGUUAUUGAUGGAUCUGUUCGGCGUCGACGAUGUUCACAGCCUUGACCCAGAAAUGAUCUCUCUACCGGAACUUCCUACACGCCUCUCCACGCAAGUCCGUAACGUGCUCGCACACCGAACCGCAGAGCGCGGAGGACGCCAGUUGAAGAUCCGAUUCGCUCGCCAGAAUUUGGACGGGCAGGAGAUUGAGUUUAGCGACCUUUUGGUGGAGGAUCAUAAUUGUGGCGCUUUGAGUUACAUGGAUUACUUGUCGCUGGUUCAUAAACAGAUCGUGGCUGCGAUCCAAAAUGGCGUUUCGUUGUCUACGUCGACGAGUGCGAGCAUCCGGGCUCCUUGGUGAUCCUUACAAUCAGACUUUCAAGGAGGAGGUAUUAUUAAAUCUAUGAUUUGCUGCUCUGGAGUUGCUGUCAAAGAGAGUACGAUGUGUUUACU